UCAGCAUCACAUUACCAGCAAGCAGAGAAGGAGGCGUUUGAGGCUGUGGGGUCUCCAGGCCCUGAAGCAGCAGCAGAGGAGCAGCGGCGUGCUGCAGCAGAAGCGCAGCUAAAGGCAUUAAAAACAGUUGAAGAAAGAAAUAUAUCAGCUUAUGUAGUCCUCCAGCAUCUCGGUUUUUGCGAGGAAGAGCGCAAGGCCCCGAAUAAGAAAAUAACAGGGACAGAUGAUGUCUUCAGGGAGCUGCUAGAGGCGUCUUUUGCUAUUCUUCCUGAAGACGGACCCCCAAGAAAGGGGCAAAAAGAUAGCUCAUUUGGUGCUGCUGCUGGUGCUGCUGCUGCUGCUGCUGCUGCUGCUGGUCGCUCCAGACUGACCGAAAAAGAAAGAGCAGAGAUGCAGUAUGCAGCAUUCUCAG